CCAGCAACCGUCAGUGAACAAAGUGAUCUGCCCGAGUGAAGUCGUUCGCGGCCGCGACUGGACUUAUUCGUUAAUCGUCGUCGCUCCGUGCCAUCGCCGUCAUGCCGGCCAAGGCGAUCGCGCUGGCGUUGGCGCUGGCGGCCUUGUGCGCCAUGGCCUACGCAGGCCCGGCCGACAGGCCCCAGGGCCGGGGCAAGGGCCCCAAGGAUGUGAAGUGCGUUUCUGGCCCGUCCUACUGGUGCCGGAACCUGACGACGGCCGCAGGCUGCAACGCCGUCACGCACUGCAUCCAGGGGGUGUGGGAGCACCUCCAGCUGCCCGAGGACAACGACGACAUCUGCACCCUGUGCAAGAACAUGGUGAAGCAGGCCCGCGACCAGCUGCAGAGCAACGAGACGCAGGAGGAGCUCAAGGAGGUGUUCGAGGGCUCGUGCAACCUCAUCCCCCUCAAGCCCGUGGCCAAGGGCUGCGACAAGCUGGUGGACGAGUUCAUCCCCGAGCUGGUGGAGACCCUCGCCUCGCAGAUGAACCCCCAGGUGGUGUGCUCCGUGGCUGGGCUGUGCAACAGUGCUGAGAUUGAUCGUCUGCUGGCUGCCCAAGGGAAGGUGGUCAAGGUGCCUCUGGAGAGGCCUGGAUCCUCUGUGGCUGUCUUCAAACCCAAAGUUGAAGCCAAGUCUGAUUGCAAGGUCUGCACCCACUCCAUGGAGAAGCUGCAGAAGAAAUGGCAGAUGUCAGACCGCGAUGCUUUGGUGCAUUUGUUCCUUGAAGGUUGCGGAAGGCUGGGCAGUUAUUCCGAUGGUUGCUCUGCUAUUCUUUUGACCAAGUUCCCUGCUAUUCGUCAGUUAAUGCAGGAAAGCCUUACAGUUGCACCAGAAGACGCCUGUGAAAUGAUGCAGUAUUGCAGCGCUGGGGAGACUGAGAAGUCCCAGGUCAAUGUUGACAUUGUUUCUGUGGGUCAAGUUGGAGUUGUGCCAAUCGGGGACAACAUGACUUGCCAAUUUUGUGAGAGGAUGGUUCAGCACCUUCGUGACAUCUUGGUCGCAAACACAACAGAAUCUGAAUUCCAGCAGGUCCUGGAAGGUCUUUGCAAGCAAAUGAAGCCAUCAGUCAGGAGUGAAUGCAUGAGUUUGGUGACUGAGUACUACGGCAUGUUCUACAACUUCCUCGUCAACAGCCUUGACGGUAAAGAAAUCUGCUCAUUUGCUGGUCUCUGCCCAAGCCCUGGCCACUCUCAGACUCCCAUCUGGCCUCUCCUGCCUGCCGAAGUGGAUGUAGAAACCAUCAGUACAGCAGAUCUGAGGGCCCCCGUUGACCCUAUUGUUGAAAUCACAGUCAGUUCAGAUUCCGCUAGUGUCGAUGUGGUCAACCCUGCCCUUCAACAACUGCCUAUUGAGAGGAUGAUUCCUCAUGUUCUUGUCAACGUCGGAGGAAACAAGCAAAUCUGCGAAUUCUGCGAAUACUUCUUGCACUAUGUCCAAACGGAAUUGGCUUCAGAGAAAUCUGUAGAAAAGGUCAAGUCUGUUGUUGAAAGAGCUUGUGAUCGUCUUCCCAAAACUAUCAAUACUCAAUGCAAGGACUUUGUGGAUGCUUAUGGCAAUGCUUUCAUUGCUAUUUUGGUUCAGGAAGUUGAUCCAUCGGUUGUUUGCCCAAAGCUGGGCUUCUGUCCAUCUCAGGACGACAGCCGCAUUGUUGUUGUUGGGUCUGAGAGCUCUGAGAAGGUUGAUGACAAGCCUGGCUGCCCCUUGUGCCUUCUUGCUGUUACUCAACUGGAAACCAUCGUCAAGGACAACAAAACUGAAGAAUCCGUUAAGGCUGCACUGGAGUCUCUUUGCGCCCAUCUUCCCAAGUCCCUCAUUGGUGAAUGUGAUAACUUUGUUGAAGUUUACUCAAAGCAGCUUGUGGAUGCUUUGGUGGCCGACUUCUCUCCCCAAGAAGUUUGCGUCUACAUCAAUUUGUGCAGUGCGAACAAAUCCUCUGAGGAACCUGUGGCUGGUGAUGUGUUGACCAAUGAAAUUCCUCAAUAUGAGAAUGAGAAGCUCCAGAAGACUGUGAAGGAUGACCCUCAAUGUGUGAUUUGCGAAUUUGCCAUGGCUCGCAUUGAUUCCAUGUUGAAGGACAAGCCUUCUGAAGAACAAAUCAAGGCUGUUGUUCAUAGAAUUUGUGAUCACCUUCCCAAUUCUGUUCGUCCGCAGUGUAACAAAUUUGUUGAUGAGUAUGCAGACCUCGUCAUUUCUCUCCUCGCUCAAGAGCUGAACCCCAAGGAAAUUUGCACUGAGCUGAAACUGUGCCAUGCUAAUGGAUACUACUCUGACCGUGUGGCUCUGAGUGUCCUUCAACAACAUACCAGGAAAAAUGUGGAGCAGUGUGCACUGUGCGAGGGCAUCGUUCAAGCACUUGAUACCUAUCUGCGUGACCCCACAGUGCAGGAGGAAGUUGAUGAACUUCUUGCAAAGGCCUGUCAGGUCCUUCCAGGCAAGCAGUACCACAAAUGCAAAGACUUCAUCAAGGUUUAUGGACCCAGCAUCCAGAACAUCAUUGCUCAGUUCCCUGGUGCUUCGCAUCUGAUUUGCAGCAAGAUUGGAGUAUGUAGCCAAGCCUCAGCUGCACCCAGUCUGCUUGGAGGUCGCAAGUGCACCUGGGGUCCAGGAUACUGGUGUCAAAGUGAAGAAAAUGCCCGAGCUUGUGGUCCAGGAACCCUUCACCAUUGUCAAGAACGUGUGUGGAAGGCCCAAGCACCUCAGAAAUAAUAAACUCGAGCCCUUUGUCAAAACAUCAAUGUUUAUUUCUUUCUCUCUUAUUUUAUUGUCCCCAGGAUUUUUCAGGAUUUCUUUACCAAUUUUGUAACACAAUUAUUGUGUAUAAAACCUUUUAGCUCAGUUAUCCUUUUUUCUUUUCUUGAACAGAAGUGAUUUGUUUUAAAAUAACUGAUUACAUUUGUAGUAUAUUGCUAGUCCUUUCUGACAAAACUAUUAGGUGAAGUGGCCAUGCUACAUGAGAAGUAUACUCUAAUGAGUUAAAACUGAGCUGUGAUUAAGGAAGUGGGGUGUACUGUAUUGUCAUUGCUUUUAUAGUUUUAAUUAAGUUAAUCCCUGAAGUGUACCCCUGCCUCUUUUAUUUUCAACCCUCCCCUUACAAUUGUUUUCUAUUUGAAAAAUUAAUGUUCUUUUGAUCUAACUUUCUGCAUCCAUAUCGGUCACAAAGUUUUGGAUAUUCUUUCCCCCCCCCCCCUUUUAUACUCUAUAGGAUAAGUAGUUAAUGAAUAGGGAAACAACGCAAUAUUGAGACAUAACAAAGUGUGAAAUGUCUGUCCUUGUAUUGCUAUGAUCUGUGAACAAAUAAAGUAACAUUUCUAUAA